CAAUUGUCGAAAAGUGUUCGAUAUCGACUAUUACGUUGUAAAUAUUGAUUGAAAAAUAAUUCAAGAUGGUUCACCAGCACGGAGAAGAGCACAACGUCCCCAAGGAGCACUACAGACAUUCGCAUGGUUCAUGGCUACCUGCUGACCACAGGACGCAACAUGAGUGGCUGAGUAGACAAAUCAAGCAUGUUGAUGAGAAGCACAAGGCCGGGCACAGGAAGGAGUUGACCCCGGCCUUGAAGGAGUUCAAAGAGCUGAUUGAGACAAACCCUCGUAUAUACAUGUACUUCACAGCCAUGUGGGACGAGGUUCCCCGAAGGGCUCCUUAUCUGGAAGACCCUACAGGCAAGAAGCAGAUCAGAGACUACAAGCAUAUGCUGGAUAUCCUAAACCACAUCCUGGGCAAGGCUCCCGAGUGGACAGAUGCCGCUUUUGGUGCUGGUAUGGUCGGUGUGCCUAUGUGCGGUAUCUUUGAUUACCCCAUGGCCACGCCAAGUGGACAUGCAGCUUUCUUGGAUCCUGAUGUCAAUGCCUCUUUGAAGAAGGUCUUGAACGAAUGGGGCAAGUACUUGUUGACUGAGGAUUCGGCACACGUGCUAGGCAACGACAAGGAGGGUUGGUUCGGUGAGCACGCCACUAAGGAUGUCAUGGAGGUAGCCAACGCUCCUCUGAAGACCGACCACAAGUUCGAGAAUAUGUUCAUCUGUGAUCCCAGCGCAAAGUACUACGGCUACAAGUCGUGGGACGACUUCUUCACUCGCAAGCUGCGCGAGGAAGCCCGCCCCGUUGCAUCCCCAGAUGACGACAGCGUUAUUGCCAACUGCUGUGAGUCCAAGGUGUACAACAUCUCUCAUGACUGCAAGCUGCGCAGCAAAUUCUGGAUCAAGGGCCAACCGUACUCCAUUCUUGACAUGCUCGGCCACGACGAGCUGGCUCAUCAGUUCCAGGGGGCCACCAUAUACCAAGCAUUUCUGUCAGCUCUGUCAUACCACCGCUGGCACGCACCCGUCAGUGGGACCGUUGUUAAGAAGUUCGUCCUUGAUGGCACUUACUUCUCUGAGCCGCUGUUUGAGGGUCAGGGUGAGAACGGUCAGGUUGAUAUCGACAAGCGCGGCAUCAGUGUAGCUCAGGGUUACCUGACUGCUUUGGCUACAAGAGCAGUCAUUUUCAUUGAGGCUGACAACAAGGAUAUUGGUCUGAUGGCCUUUAUUGGAGUUGGCAUGGAUGAAGUCAGUACGUGCGAUAUUACCGUCAAGGAGGGUCAGCAUAUCAAGAAGGGCGACGAGACCGGUAUGUUCCAUUUCGGUGGUUCUAGUCACGUUCUUCUGUUCAGAAAUGGUGUCAAGCUCGAGGGCUUCCCGGAGGUGGGUAGAGCGGCCAACAUCCCUGUCAGAAGCCAGGUCGCCAAGGUUGUUAAGAGCUAAGCUCUUUAGUAUUGUAUAUUUUUUUUUAUCACAUCAACAAAAAAUAGGUAGGUGUAGAUAGGUAUUAGGUAAAGUGCUUGCACUUGUCCUCAAUUCAUAAUGUAACACAAGCCAGAUGU